AUGACGUGGGAUUCCUCAAGUGGCCGAGAGAAGGUGGUUCAGAAAGGGGAUAAAUUCAAAGACAUCCAAUGCCAGUCUGGUCAGAGUGUCAUCUACCAGCUGUGUGUGAAACUUGGCGCACAAGGCUGGCCUGCAUUCAACAAGCCUCUGCAUACCCCCAUGUACUUUUUUAUUUGCUCACUAGCAAUGGUAGACAUAGUAUACACCAGCGGCAUUAGUGUUACAAUGCUUAACGUUCUCCUUGGUGAGGAGAGAAGAAUCCCCUAUGCACCCUGCAUGAUACAGUGCUUCCUAUAUCAUUUAGGAACCUUGAUAUUCUUCUCAUACAUGAAGAUAGUUCAUGUAGUGAUACACAUGUCUUCAUCCAAAGACAGGAGGAAAACAUUUAGCACCUGUGUCUCUCACAUGAUAGUGGUGGCUUGCUUCUUUAUCCCCAAGGUGUUGAGAUUCGAGGGCGCCUGA